GUGGGAUGGGGCCUCUUCAGAAAGCUGAACGAGGCAUCUGGAGCCCGAACAAACCUCCACCUUUUUUGGCCUCGACGGCGACAACCAAGCCUCCUUCCUAAGGCCCUCCGCCUUUGGGACUAACCAGGGGAGCUCAAGUUAGUAGCAGCCAAGGAGAGGGGCUGCCUUGCCAAGACUAAAGAGGGAGGGGAGAAGAGAGAGAAAAAGUAAGAAUCCCCCACCCCCUCCAGGGCGGAGGGGGCAGGAGGAGCGCGUCCUGGCCACGCCAAGCAGCGUCUUCCACUUGGUGCGUCUCUCUGGGAGCGGCACGAGAAGGAUGCUGGUCCGCAGGGGCGCGCGCGCGGGGCCCGGGAUGCCGCGGGGCUGGACCGCGCUCUGCUUGCUGAGUUUGCUGCCCUCCGGAUUCACGAGUCCCGACAACGACAAUGUUACUAUUACCCCACAGUCACCUACCCUGGGAAUAUUUCCAACUGUUUCUACAAAUGCAUCCAACCAAGAAACUGCAAUACCUACUACCCUCGGAAUUGCCAGCCACUACCCUGUGUCUCAGAAUGGCACUGAGGGCCCAUCAACCAUCACAGAAACUGCAGUCAGUUCCACAUCUACCUCUGUGAUCACCCCAGUUUAUGGAACCACAAACUCUUCUGUUCAGUCACAGACCUCUGUAAUCACCACAGCAUUCACUACCCCAGCCAACUUUUCAACUCCAGAGACAAGCCUGAAGACCAGCCUGUCACCUGGAAAUGUUUCAGACCUUUCACCAACUAGCACUAGCCUUGCCACAUCUCCCACUGAACCUUAUACAUCAUCUUCUCCUAUCCCAAGAAUCAUCAAGACAGAAAUCACAUGUUCAGGCAUCAAAGAAGUGAAAUUGCCUCAGGGCAUCUGCCUGGAGCAAAAUGAGACCUCCAGCUGUGUGGAGUUUAGGGAGGCCAAGGGAGAGGACCUGGGCCAAGUGCUGUGUGGGGAGGAGAAGGCUGAGGCUGAGGCUGGGGCCCGGGUGUGCUCCCUGCUCCUCGCCCAGUCUGAGGUGAGACCUCGGUGCCUGCUGCUGGUCUUGGCCAACAGAACAGAAAUUUCCAGCAAACUCCAACUUAUGAAAAAGCACCAGUCUGACCUGAGAAAGCUGGGGAUCCUAGGUUUCACAGUGGAAGAUGUUGCGAGCCACCAGAGUUAUUCCCGAAAGACUCUGAUCGCGCUGGUCACCGCCGGAAUCCUGCUGGCCGUCUUGGGCAUCACAGGUUAUUUCCUGAUGAAUCGCCGCAGCUGGAGCCCCACAGGAGAAAGGCUGGGCGAAGACCCUUAUUACUCGGAGAGCGGUGGAGGCCAGGGCUAUAGCUCAGGACCUGGGACCUCCCCUGAGACUCAGGGAAAGGCCAGUGUGAACCGAGGGGCUCAGGAAAACGGGACCGGCCAGGCCACCUCCAGAAACGGCCAUUCAGCAAGACAACACGUGGUGGCUGAUACCGAAUUGUGACUCGGCUAGGUGGGGCAAGGCUGGGCAGUGUCCGGGAGAGCGCCCCUCUCUGCAUCUGACCACGUGCUGCCUCCAGGCUGGAGGUGACAUCCCUUACGCCCAACCCUUCCCAACUGCAUACACCUCAGAGGCUGUUCUUGGGGCCCUACACUUUGAGGAAGAGCAGGUAAACUCCUGCCCUUUACACAUUCGGCUCCCUGGAGCCAGACUCUGGUCUUCUCUGGGUAACCGUGUGAUGGGGGAAAGCCAAGGUCCAGAGAAGCUCCCAGGAAUGAUGGAUGGCCUGGCAGCACUCACACAAGACCCCUCCCCCUUCCCUCCUCCUCUCUGCCUCAUCACAGGAACCUCCCAGGGGAAAGAUGGGCUUUUCUAGGCUACAGCGUUCUCCCAAGCAGCUUUGAUUUUUACUGUUUCUUCCUUGUAUUUUCUUUCUCUACUUUGGGGAAACCAAAGUAACCCUUUGCACCUGCUUUCUUGUAAUGAUAUGACCAGAAAAACGUGUUGCCCGGAACCACUUCCCUUAUCCCUCCUCCAAGACACUAUGUACUUGGCCUCCAGCUCCUCUCUUGUUCUCUAAGUUCCACUGAGCUCCAUGUGCUCCCCCACCCUCCCCACCAUUUGCAGAGGCCUGCACAGUUUUCUGGCUGGAGCCUAGAAUGGGGCUCCCAAGUUUUAGGACUAACAGCUCAGUCCUAGUCUCUCUGGGGCCACACAGAAACUCUUUCUGGGCUCCUUUUUCUCCCUCUGGUUCCAAGUAGACAGGAUCAUGGGACAAGGUCUUGGAGCUGAGCAUCUCGCCCUGUACUCUUCCUCUGAGGCUGGGUCCUGGCCUUAUCCUCUGAUCUCCAUGGCUUCCUCCUCCCUCCUGUGGACUCCUGGGUUGAGCUGUGGCCUCAGUCCCCCAGCAGAUGCUUUUCUGUCUCUGCCUUCCUCACCCUGAGCCCCUUCACUGCUCUGCACCCCCAUGUGGUCAGAGCUCCACAUCAGCUCCUAACCCUUAUCACCAGCUGCCUCUUCUGUGGGUGACCCAGAUCCUUGUUUGCUGUUGAUUUCUUUCCAGAGGGGUUGAGCAGGGAUCCUGGUUUCAAUGACAGUUGGAAAUAGAACUUUCCAGAGAAGAGAGGAUUGGGGAGAUAUUUUUUCUGAAUAAAAAGUGGCGUGUUUAAGUACUGCAAUUAAAGUGAUACUGAAACACA